UCCACGCUGCAGUAUCUCACACACACUUACACUCACACCGCCGCGUCCUGCAGCCUCCUCAUGGAUUACCAGCACCUCCUGCUGCUGCUGUGGACCUGCAGCCUGCUGCCAGAUCUUCAGCAUGGCUUCAGCUUUGACACUAAGAAGUUUAAGAUAUUCUCUGGAUCUAAAGACGCCCAGUUUGGAUACACGGUCCAGCAGCACGAAGCAGGAGGACAGCAGUGGCUGCUGGUCGGCGCGCCCUUCGAAGCCACCGGGAAGCAGCAGACGGGUGACGUGUACAAAUGUCCUCUGGACACCGGGGACUCCGCCACCUGCGCCCGACUCAACCUGGGGAGAGUUUCCCCAGAAAACGUCUCUGAGAGGAAAGACGGGAUGCGGCUGGGCCUGACGCUGACCUCUAACCCCAGAGACAGCAGCUUUGUGGCCUGCGGUCCGCUCUGGUCUCACGAGUGUGGAAGUUCUCUGUACAGCACAGGGAUCUGCUCCAGAGUGGGCCGGAACUUCAGACACUCCAACAUCAUCGCCCCCGCCCUGCAGAGAUGCGAGACGUUCAUGGACAUCGUGAUCGUCCUGGACGGCUCCAACUCCAUCUAUCCCUGGUACGAGGUCCAGGACUUCCUCAUAAACGUCCUGCAAAAGUUCUACAUGGGUCCAGGUCAGACACAGGUGGGGGUGGUCCAGUACGGGUCCACAGUGGUCCAUGAGUUCAGCCUGGGGGAGUACCAGACGGUGGAGGACGUGGUGGAGGCCGCGAGGAGCAUCAGCCAGAGGGGUGGGGAGGAGACCCGGACGGCGCUGGGCAUCAACGUAGCAAGGACGGAGGCCUUCAGGCGCGGCGGCCGGCCCGGAGCCCAGAAGGUGAUGAUCGUGAUCACGGACGGUGAAUCUCACGACAGUCCUCAGCUGGUGCAGGCCGUCACCGACAGCGAGCUGGACAACAUCACCAUGUACGCCAUCGCUGUUUUGGGGUAUUACAACCGCAGGGGAAUCAACCCCGAGGCGUUCCUGAAGGAAAUCAAAUUCAUCGCCAGCGACCCUGACGAGACGCACUUCUUCAACGUGACGGACGAGUCCGCGCUGAAGGACAUCGUGGACGCUCUGGGAGAGAGGAUCUUCUCCCUGGAGGGUGUUCACUCUCAGGGCUGCCGGUUCGGGCUGCAGAUGGCUCAGGCCGGAUUCUCCUCGCAUUUCGUCAAAGACGGAGUCCUGCUGGGAGCAGUGGGCGCCUACGACUGGAACGGCGCCGUGCUCAAACAGACCAGACAGGGGAAGGUGGUUCCCCCGGAGUCCUCCUACCAGGACGAGUUUCCCGACGAGCUGAAGGACCACGCUGCCUACCUGGGUUACUCUGUGGGCUCCAUCAUUUCACCCAGAGGCUCUCAGCUCUACGUAGCCGGAGCGCCGAGGUUCAACCACACCGGGAAGGUCAUCGUCUUCACCAUGAAAAACACCGGAGACCUGACCGUGCUGCAGGCGCUGCUGGGAGAGCAGAUCGGGUCGUACUUUGGCAGCGUCUUGCUGUCGAUGGACAUAGACGGCGAUGAGAAGACGGACUGCCUCCUGGUGGCAGCGCCCAUGUACUACAGCCAGGGCUGGGAGAGAGGGAAGGUCUACGUCUACUCCGUCAGCUCACAGACAUCGUUCGUCCUGCAGGGGGCGCUGGAGAUAACAGACCAAUCUCAGAACUCCCGUCUGGGUUCUGCACUGGCUCAGAUACCCGACAUGAACGGGGACGGCUUCAGGGAGCUGGCGGUGGGAGCGCCGCUGGAAGAUGACCACCAGGGGGCGGUCUACAUAUUCUUUGGCCGGGGUAAAGCUAUUCAGCCACAACAUAGACAGCGUCUGUCUGCAGCCGACGCCUCUGCAGGGCUGCAGUACUUCGGCCAGAGCGUUCACGGCGUUCUGGACGUGAACGGAGACGGGCUGGUGGACCUGGCAGUGGGAGCCCUGGGAGCUGCCGUCGUCGUCUGGUCGCGACCUGUGGUCUGGAUUCAAGCCAACUUGACUUUUGAACCGGAGAAGGUCAACAUGUUUAACAAGGACUGCCAGCGGGGAGGGAAGGAGGCCACCUGCAUGUCCGCCAUCGUCUGUCUGACCCUGGCCUCCAGCGCCAGGAGCACGGGUGUGUGGUACAGCCUGGUGCUGGACGAGAAGCGCUUCCCGCCGCGGGCGGUCCUGGACGAGCCGCACCGACAGCAGCCGCGAGCGCUGCUGCUGCAGGCCGGGGACAGCCGGUGCCAACGGCUGGGCUUCACUGUGCAGGACAACACGGACUAUGGGCGACCCAUUGCGGUUGCCAUGGAGACGGGGCUGCAGAACGCAGACGGCGGACCGGUGCUGGACCCGGAUUGGCCAACCAGCCUGAGGACCGAGCUCCUCUUCUGGAACGGCUGUGAGCAGGAGGACGACUGCCAGCCCGACCUGGUCCUCAGCAGCUCCGCCGACCUGCCGGACGUCCGGACGUUCUGCGGCCCGGGAGGAACGGCGUCCGGCUCCGUCUGCAGCCGUCUGCAUUCCGCUGGGGACGCGACGCACGUGGUGGAGUCCCGGCGGAGGAGGCUGAUGGUGUUCUCCCGCCUGCAGAACGCGGGCGACAACGCGUACGGCCCCGCCAUCCACCUCUCCUUCUCCUCCAACCUGCUCUUCUCCAGCGUCGGGGUCAAGGGCCUGUCAGACAUCUACAUUGAGUGUGACUCUGAAGACAGGCUGGCCGGCCAGAGGCUCUGCAACCUCAGCGUUCCCUUCAUGAAGUCUGGAGCCCAGGUGGACUUCCGCCUGGAGUUUGAGUUCAGCCGCUCCGUCUUCCUGGAUCACGUCCAGGUGGUGAUCACAGCCAGCAGUCAAGGACAGGAGAAAUACCUGGAUGACAACACCAACGAUCUCUUCCUCCCUUUGAAAUAUCAGGCUGAUCUGCUCUUCAACAGAGGCUCGGGGCCCCCCGGGUUCCGGAUCAGUCCGGACAUGGAGGAGUCAGACGCCGGCUCCACCAGCUUCAGCCUCACCUACUCUGUCCUGAACCUGGGCAUGUGGCCGGUGCAGGACAUCCGGUUCCGGGCGGACAUCAGCGCGGUGACGAGGAGGGGGAACCAGCUGGUGAACAUCACCGACUUCAGCCUGCAGCAGGGCAGGCCGGGCGUCUCCGGUCAGGAGGGGGCGGCCCACUGCGUCCUGCCUGCCUGGGACCCGCCGGGCGCCGUCUCUCCGGAGGACCUGUCCCUCCUGCCUCAGCUGAACCACAGCAACAGCGGCGCCGUGGCCCUGCAGUGCAGCAUGAGCCUCCCCCCGGGAGCCGAGGUGGUGCUGGCGGUGCGAGGAAGACUGCUGCUGCGCGCUCUGAUGGCCGUCAGCUUCAGGUCCCUGGAGCUCCUGACCGCCGCCUCCAUCCAGCUGGAGCCGUCCAGCCCCGCCUUCCUGCAGGAGGAGCGGCCCGUGUGGGAGAUCGUCCUGGUCCUGACCAAGGAGGAGGACCACCCUGUUCCCAUGGGGAUCAUAGCAGGGAGCUCAGUGGGAGGCCUGGUCCUGCUGGGCCUCCUGGUCCUGCCUCUGUGGAAGUUCGGCUUCUUCAACCGGCGGCGGAGAGAGGCAGCGGACGGCCCGGCGGCCAACGGGAAGCCAGUGCAGCAGUCGUAGUGGGAGGAGCCUGUCCGGGGAGCCCCUCGGCAUGAUGAUGCCUCCACCGUGUCCCGUAUAUCCUGAUCAUGUGACCUCAGUGGGGCGGAGCUCUGAGCUCUGAGACUGAAGUGGAACUGGACGGGUUCUGAUGAAGGGAAAACGUCUCUGAGGUUCUGUUCUUCUGAAUCAGCGCCUCAGUUCUAGAUCUCACCUGUUCAUGUGUCUCGACGUUCAAAGGUUAUUUUUCUGAAUUCAGGACCGAGUCAGAUUUUUUUUUGUUCAAUUCAUCUUGGAAAUCUGAAGGUGACGUCCAUCUCUCCUUUUUUCACUUUUUUUAAAUCUAGAAUUCAGAUUAUUCAGAGUGUUUCUCAGAGUGUUGGGACGGACAGAAGAUCUGCAGCUCAGAGCUCACAGCUGUUUCCUGCUUUGAUUGUAUUUUUUAUUUAAAUUAAGAAAAAGAAAAAAACAUUUCUAAGGGAAACCAACUCCAGGAAUAUCUGGCUUAAUGCUGUUCAGAUUAAAAACCUUAUUUUUAUAACUCUUAAAUCAAAAUGCACAUCUACACGUGGCUUUUACUGUUUCUGAAGUCCAUCAAACUGAGUUAUGAAGCUAUUAUCACAGUUCGGCCCACCGUCAGUACUAUCAGGGUCCUCCACUGGGCCUCAGGCCACGCUUUGGGAAGCUGCACAGCAGUGAAUCUCCUUCUUCCAGAACCUUCAAAGGAACGUAUGGCGCCCCCUGGUGGCACCAGGCGUUAUGAGGAGGACAGGAUUCCCGCUGAAGAGGACUGUAAAUACCGCUCAAUAAG